CCCCUGGGGUCCCCCACCCUUGGGACCCUGCGGGGCGAGGGGGGCUCCUGGUGUCCCCCCCGGGCAUCCCUGACCCCUGCCAGGCCGGGGGGCCUGGGGACAGCCGCUGCCCCUGCAGCCCCCCCGGGGCCCUUGCCCGGACGGGGCCCGGCACCUUCAGAGCAGGACGGGGGCACCGAGGGUGCCGGGGGGGGCGCGUGGUUCUGGAGGGGCUUCCUUCCCUCACUGAGUUUCUGGUUGCCCCCCUGCAGGAGCCCGAUGCCAUGGCUGACGAGGAGCCGAGCGCCCCAGCUGCCAGGAGGGGAAGUUCCUCGCCCAGCAGCUCCCGGAGCGGCACCACGGAGCCCAGCACGCUGCUGCAGAAGCUGCGGAGCACCAUCUCCAAAUCCGUGCAGAACAAAGUGGACUCCAUCCUGCAAGAUGUCCAGAAGUUUUCAGACAACGACAAACUCUACCUCUACCUCCAGCUGCCGUCUGGGCCCAGCCUGGGGGAGAAAAGCAGUAGCUUGGACCUGAGCUCGCUGAGCACGGCCGAGUACAUGCACGCGUGCAACUGGAUCCGGAACCACCUGGAGGAGCACACGGACACCUGCCUGCCCAAGCAGGACGUCUACGAUGCCUACAAGCAAUACUGCGAUAACCUCUGCUGCCGCCCUCUGAGCACCGCCAAUUUUGGGAAGAUCAUCCGGGAAAUCUUCCCAAACAUCAAAGCCAGAAGGCUGGGAGGCCGAGGACAAUCAAAGUACUGCUACAGCGGGAUCCGGAGGAAGACGGUGGUCAGCCUGCCGCCCCUGCCCAGCCUGGAUCUCAAAGUUACGGAGACUCAGUCGGAGCUGACGGACCUGGUGCAGUCCUACAACAGCGAGGUGAUGGAGGCGGCCUGCGCCCUGACCUGCGACUGGGCCGAGAAGAUCCUCAAGCGCUCGUUCAACAACAUCGUGGAGGUGGCGCAGUUCCUCAUCCAGCAGCACAUCAUCAGCUCGCGCUCAGCCCGGGCCGACCUGGUCAUGGCCAUGGUGGUCUCAGAGAGCACGGAGAAGCUGCACCGUGACGGUCGGUCCCCGCUGGCGGCCAAGAAGAACGGCCUGGAAGCUUCAGAGAGCAGUGACAGGAGCCAGGGGCAGAGUAAGAAGGAGAGCAGCCCCAAGGCCUCCGUCCCGCCACGGCCCGAGAAGAAGAAGCUUCCAGAGCCCCCCCGGCCAGCGAGCAGCCCCCAGGUGAACGCCCUGGUCGCCCGCCUGCCCCUGCUCCUGCCCCGCAUCCAGCCCGGGGACAGACUGGUGGCUCCCGGGCCCACGGCCGUGCGCUCCUCCCCGCCCGUGCUGGCCCCCAAGCUCACGGCCGCCCCCCUGGCGGGCACGGUCAAGGUGGCCCUGCCGCUGCCGGUGGGCUCGGUGGGCUCAGCAUCCCCGGCGCUGCCCCUGGGGCUGGCCCCGGGGGCCAACGGGGCGGCGGGGCUGCUGAGCCAGCAGGCGGCCGUGCCCGUGCUCAACAUGCUGCUGCCCGGCGUGGGGGCCCCAGCUGCCGAGACCCCCCCAGCGCCCCGCAGCGCGGGGACCGACGGCCCCGGCCCGCAGGACUCGCAGCGCCCCAAGGUCGCCAAGCGGCCCCCGGAGCCCCCGGGGGCUGCGGCCGGGGCCACGCCGCAGAAGCGGAGACGGGGGCGGCCCCGCAAGAGGCCGGAGGAGGGGGGCGCGGGGGGGGCCCCGGCGGAGCAGGAGCAGGCGCGGGGGGGCCCGGGGGCGGCGGAGGAGGCGGCGAAGCCUCACGGCGGGGCAGCCGCGGGGCUCGGAGGUGCCGCCGCCACCGGGGACCGGCUCGGGGCCGUCCCGGUCACCGGGGAGGAGGAGGAGGAGGAGGAGGAGGAGGAGGAGGAAGCCGCCCCCCCCCGGGCUGACUCCGGGGCUGCCGAGGGGGCGGCCCCCGCGGUGCGCUGCGGCCCCGGGCUCCCGGGGGGCUCCCCAGGGGGGGGUUCCCCGGGGGGGGCCGGGCUCUGCGCGCCCCCCAACACCUAGACCCGGGGCCGGGCCCCGCCCCCGCCCCCCCCGCCAUUAAAAGCCGUGCACAAC